UCCACACCCGGGGUUGUUUGCGUUGCGUUUGCAAGGUGCAAAUAAAAUUCGUGAUUGUUCUCCUUUUCGUUCUUCCAUUCAUUGCCCAUUACUACGAAAUUACUAAAUCUCAAUGAAUAUACUGUAAAUAUUGCUCAUCUCUGUCCACUUGAUGGAAUUAGUAAUUCAGGAAUAAUUCGCUCUCGCGAUUGUAGUUGUGGAUCAAUAGUGUUUCGUUCUCUUUGAUAAUUUAGUGUAGGUAGAUAGCUCUCAGAUAAUGACUUUCGUACUUCUAUGACAUUAGUUGAUUUGAUUUUUCAAUUCUUCCUGGACUCUUCAGAAUACAUGAAGAUGAGCGGUAAUCCGCCAGGAAUGGUACCAGUCAGCAAAAAACGGAAUGAGAGGAGUUCCUCUUCUAGCAGUGGAGGAAGCUCUUCGACAAAUCUCUCUGGUCUCGGUCUAAGUCAAGAUCUUUCCAAUUUAUUUGAGUGUCCCGUAUGUUUUGAUUAUGUCUUGCCUCCAAUUCUUCAAUGUCAAAGUGGUCACCUCGUAUGUUCUAAUUGCCGGCCAAAACUCUCAUGUUGCCCCAACUGCCGAGGCCCAUUAGGCAACAUCAGGAAUCUGGCCAUGGAGAAAGUUGCUGGAUCCGUUUUAUUCCCGUGCAAGUAUGCCACAUCGGGCUGUACUAUCUCGCUUCUCCACACGGAAAAAAUCGAGCACGAAGAAUUCUGUCAGUACAGGCCUUACACUUGUCCUUGUCCAGGGGCGUCUUGCAAAUGGCAAGGCACUGUCGAGCAGGUCAUGCCACACCUCAUGUGCACUCACAAAUCCAUCACAACCUUGCAAGGUGAGGAUAUUGUCUUUCUUGCCACAGACAUCAAUGUACCGGGAGCUGUUGAUUGGGUCAUGAUGCAAUCUUGCUUCAAUCAUAACUUCAUGCUCAUUCUAGAGAAACAACAAAAGUACGAUGGUCAUCACCAAUUCUUCGCUAUUGUUCAACUUAUUGGGUCAAGGAAGGAAGCAGAAGGUUUCGCAUACAGGUUAGAAUUGAACAGCAGACGCAGGCGUUUGUCGUGGGAAGCCACUCCGCGCAGCAUUCACGAAGGAGUCUCUUCAGCAAUCGUGAACUCAGACUGCUUGGUUUUUGACACAAACAUCGCUCAAUUGUUUGCAGAAAACGGCAACCUAGGAAUCAAUGUGACUAUCUCAACUACUUAAUGACCUCGGUGGAAUUAAUCUUAUCAGGUUGCUUAGUUUGAGAUUGACUUAUGUAUGUUUUCUUCCUUGAUGUAUUGAUAGUAGUUUGAAGUUUAAAAUGACUAUCAACACAUUAUGAAAGAAAAAAUAGGUAAGCCAGUCUUACUUAACCCACCCAUUUAUAUUUGCGAGGGGCCAGGCUUUUUUUUAUUUCGCAACUUUGUAAACCAUUAUUAUGAUAUAUUUCCUUGCAAUGAACCAUAGGGAAGAGGAACUCCUCAAGAAAAGGAGUCCCUGAUCUUGGCGGGAGUCAUAAAAAGUCAUUUAGGUAUUAGCGUUAAGAGGCGUACAUCGGAAUGUGAUAUCUUUUAAAUCUAAUUGUUUAUUUAUUUUUAUUCACGUGUAAAUAUCGAAAAGUUUAACAUCAAAAUUUUCUUAUUUAGAUUGUAUAGUUUCUUUAAUAUCUCCGAGCUGUAAAUAGCCAAUCUUGAUUAAGAAUCCACGUAUCUCAAACCAGAGCCCGCAUGAUUCAUUGAAAAAGAAUACACCUUGAAUGGGGCUCUCUGUUUUUUAAAAUCUGAAUUUUCAAAAUUUGCGCCCUUUGCCAUCUGCCCACCAUUACACAGUGAUUUGUGUUCAAGGAAGGGAUUCUUUAAGGAAAUAGAAUAAUUUUUGAAAUAAGUUGCAGACUCAAGCAGUCAACAGGUUUUUUUGGUUGAAUAUUUGGCACCGUCCAAUGCCUACUCACAAAAUUUUUCCACAAAUCAGAGCCAAGGUUUUUUUUAUUUUAUUUUAUUUUAUUUGAAUCCAAUGUUGUUUCCGUUUGCUUGCCAGAAAUUCAGUGAAAGUUUCAUUUUUUUGGCAGAGCCUCCAGCACAGAAAAAUUGAAUGUAUGAUCAAGUCAUUGGUCAUUUCUGGAAAAUAAAAGGGUUUGAUUUACCUUCUUUUUUCGAUCUUACAAACUUGAAUAGCAUUUUAAUGAUCUUCGUGUAUGUCUCGAGAGACAUACACGAGACAUACAUCGGUAUAUUUACUGCAUUUGUAUGAGUUAUGGAUGGGACUGUAAGACCACCUUUUUAUUCAAUUUAUCAAGUGUUUCCUUAGAGCAGUGCGGAAGAGGGAAAAAAUUUGAGUUUGAAAAUAAACGCAUAAUUAUUUUAAAAAAAUAUAACUACAAGAGUCCCGAAGUCCGAAACUAGUGUCUGAGGCAUCACAUUAAAAUUUACAUUAAUGUAUGGAUGAAAAAUUCUUCACUGGUCUAGGGGAAUUUUCUCAUAAAUGUACUUUGCACACUAUAUGAGAACUCCUUACAUUCUACUGUCAAUCGUAGGUCUAUGCUAGUGUUUUCAUGGUUUGAAUCAGUGGCAAAGUGUGAAUCAUUGUCUAUCAAGAAUUUUCCAUUUGGAGCUAUGGUAGAGAAUCGAUUAGUGGGGUGCUCAUUGUGAACACCUUAGUAAUUGAUUCUCUUCUGUAAGUUGAAAUGGUAGAUAAAUCACCAUAAAGCACGCCACGUCACUGGUUUGAAUGUAGCUGUAACAUACCUCUAUUUCUUCUUCUAUUUAGAUUAUUAUGAAGAAAAUUAGUUAAGCAGGGAUUAGUUUGAUCUAUAAUUUUUAUGACCAUAGCCGCACAGUUUGUAUGAAUGAUCAUUAAACUGCUAAUGCUUUGUUAGCAUCAUAAAAAAAUGAACCAUCAAAGAAAAACUGUCACAGCCUAAGAAUAUGAAUGAUAUCCAACAUUUUUGGCAUCUUAAAAGCGUUCUUUAUAUCAAGGAAAGCAUUUAAAGACUCCUGCAUAGAAAGACAUUCCGUGUUAUUUUAAUGUUUUUGCGAUUUUAAAUCUUUCAAAUGCACUGACCCUGAAGAGAACUUUGAAUACCGUAAUAUUCAAAUUUGAGAGUUUUUAACAUUUUCGAAUCGCGACAGUGAAGAGGAGAAUCAAUGAAGCUUAUCAAUGGUAAUCCAAUGUGAUUCCGCCUAUCAGUGAUUUUGUCCCUUUAUUUUACAGAAGUAUUGACUUGUGCACUUGUUACAACUGAUAACUUUUGUUAUCAGUCGUCAAAGUUGUAAAUUUUUAUUAUUACAAACCGAUGUUUCUUUGCACUUUGUCAACAGGGGUAAACUUGUGUUAAACUACUUUGAUGUACUUCAGUUAAACUCAUGUGUGGUUAGAGAAUAGCUCACUCUGCCUCCCCAAAACAGUUUCAACUGAGCUCGAUGAAGGUGUAAAACUAACUGUACUGUGUUGGCAGAAUAAGUUUUCUUUGAAUAAUUUCUCCUAAAAAUUCUUCACACCCUCGAGUCUAUAAGUAUCAAGCAAAUACGAGAUACAACUACAAUAUUAUUUGGGUUGUCAAAUCAAAGUUUUUUAACUCUGCGGGUGAAGUUUGCAAUAUCAGUUUUGGUUAAGUAGAAUGUCCUCAGGCAAUUCUUCCCCAUCCUGAACAACUUCUUUCAUCAUUAUAAAUUGUGUUUGAACUUGUCCAAAUGCAAAUCUAUUGGUUGUAGGUCAUUUAGUGUGCUUCUUCUUUGAAUAGAUUCAGUGGUCACCAACCGUCUUCCAACUUUCCGUCAAUUUCAGGAUCUAUUUUCAGAGCUCUCUCUUGCAAUUUUACAUAGCUUUUGUAGAUUUUUCUGUCAGCCCUGCUCAUUCUCCAGCUAUGUUUCAACGGUCAUUUUCCAUUUUCUUUUCAAUUUUUCAUAAUCAUUUUUUGUUCUGAAUUAAUUUUUGCGUCAGAUUCUAACAUUUAUGGAUACAUUUUGGAAAUUUUCUGAAAACAGACACUUUUAUCAGCGUAAUUUCUGUCCAGUCGUGGUGUAAGUGCCUGCAUGUUUGGCAAUGGGACCCACACAAGCUAACUUCACAGUUUUGCAUGAGUUUACUGUCGAAACAUUUUUGUUGUUUUUUUCAUCGGUGAAAAUUGACCUCACCGCUAUAUUUUUCUAGCUUCUUUGUGUAUAAAUCGCAGGAAAUUGGUUUUUUACUUUCAGUGAACAAGAGAUCCAAGAAUUCAGUAGUAUUUUGAGAAAGGUUUAUUCUCUUGUCAUUCAAGACGUUUAGUUUACCCCUCUCUUUUUCCCUCAGUUUUACUUUUGAGUCUGCUCGCAAAUUAAUUCAUACAUUUAAAGAAGAAAUAUUUCUUUUUGUUAUCGUUACGGUCAGAUCACCUAGUGUCUACUCGACAUCCUUGUUUUUUGGUUUUUUACUGAGUAAUAGACGUUUUACUAUUUUAAAAAAGACAGUGAAUAGAAAUAACACAGAUGGAAUAUUGUUGUUAGGACUGUCCUUUUCCACCAGCUGCCAGGAGAGAAAUAAUUAAGGAAGUUCCCAGAAAGGCCCAUAAAACAUGGGAAAAUUCGUCUCGUCACUCUGUUUCAUCUAGACAAAUAUCUAACCUAGAGCACUGAUCAUAGUUAUGCUGCUGUUUGCGCAGAUAGCCCCCGGCUCGAGAAGUGAGCACACCUGAAUUAUUAUAGGCCCAGCCAGAAUCCCCCUCAAUGGGCCUCUAGACAGGGUAUCAAUUAAAGCAGUACUUGACAUGUUUCCUUUUUAAAAUUUCAAGAAGAAAAGGAAUCGCUCAUCGGAAUGCCUGGAAAUCAACUCCUGAACAAGGUAUAAGUGUUCACCACUAACAUUGGUCAAAUGGCAAAAAUGCAAAUAACAUCAUUCGUAUCAUUCAACUGAAGUUUGAUCCAUACGAAAGAUUUUUUCAAAAUUUUGUUCAGGAGUCGUUUUCCAAAGUUCCUGUCAUAUAAAUUGUUUUUUAACAUAAGAUUUUGAAGAGGAAACAUGUGACUUUCAUUCUAGGCUAGACCUUGCCUAGUGGCCCAAUCAAAAAUUGUAAAAUCUGAGUUGUUGAAACAUACAAUAAAAUAGUCGCUGGACUGGAUGUAUUCAAAGUUGUGUCUUGCACAAGAACUUGAAUUCAGUAAUACGAUUUCUUUAAGAAUUUAAAGAGGAUCAGUUUCACUCAUCAUAAUUACUUUAAUAUCAGAGACACGAUAUUGUAUGGCAAUUCUAAUCAUUUUCCAGAACAUCAUACAAUUAAGUCAAGAAAGAAAGAUAAUGUUUUAAUUAUGAUGGUUCUCCGAAUCUUUCAUUCUUUUGAUUACUUAUCAAAUGUUAGUCCAUGGGCAAGUGCGAAAGAUCCAACGAAACAGUUCUACUAAAAAAAUCAAGCAGGGACCUUUCGUCCCCACCAUAAGCUGAAGGAGACAGAGAAGAAAAUUCUAGAGAAACCCUGGGUUACAGAGAGAUAUCCUCAUGAACAUAAUCGCCAAACCAUAAUUUACAAAGCUUAGCCAGAGAACUGUGCUGUGCAAGUCAAAGAAGCUCAUUUUAUUAAAUACUCUAUCCAAUGUUAUCAUCAGAAAAGUUGCAUUUCAGUUGUGGAAAGGUAGAGCGAGCACUGAACUAACAGGACGCAUUUACAAGACAAAAGAAUUUGAUUUACAUACAAUUUCCUUUUUAGGUAGAUUUUUUUUUUCCUUUAAAUGAAGAGUAUCAGUAUCGGAGAAAGCCCAAGGAAUUCACUCAUCAAUGAUGGAAGUCCAAAUAUGUCUUUCUCAGAUUUCAAUGUCAUAAGUCUUCACAUAUGUUUUAUUUUUUACAGGAAAACUACUCAACAGUUCUUUUUGAAAUUAUCUGUGAAUUUUUGUUACUCAUUUUAUAAAAAUCAUCCUAUUUUAAAGAGAAACAAUUUAAUUAGUUUUCCUGAAAGAAAAUAAAACUCACAAGAUUUUGACUCUAGACGGUAAUCGCAGGCUGAAAAUAUAACUUUGGCUGCUUGAACUGUUUUAAAGCCGAGUUUUCUCUUCUCCAUCUCGAUGUUACAACAGGAAAAAUUUAAGAUAUUCAAAAUUUGGAAAAUUUAAUGUACCUCGAUAAAUGUAUCGAAUUAGCGUAGGUAGGCAGAGCCGUACUAGACUUCAGAUUCAAUCAUGUCAAUUUUAUUGUGUCAGUUCUGUAGCGCUCUUCCUUCUUAUGGUGGUAAAGAUGACAAAGGUGAGCAUUAUCAAGAGCUCUUCAAACUUAGAAAUGUAAGAGAUAGGUGUUAAGAUCUCAAGUGAAAGGUACACAACUACAACCAGCAACUUGAAGUUUGUAGUUGAAUGAGAAUCUUGUUUUAAUGAUAUUAAGUGUGAUUGGUUUAUUCUUGAUUUAAUCAAUGCCUUAAGAUUGUGAGGCACUAGGGUCAUAUUCAUAGUCUUACCUUCAAUAAUUCCUUUCCUAUGGAAGGCGCUUUCUAGUUCACAUUAUGAUGAAGGAAACCUCUAAUAUAGCAUCAUAAAAAGGACAUUUUCUACAAACUUCGGGUAAAAUUCAACUGUGCAAAUUUCGAAAUGGGUCCUUGCGAGGGAUUACAAUGAUUUGCCACUGCAAAAAAUUUAAACUUCAAAAGAGGAAAUAUUGCAUACAUACAUAUAUGUCGCUCCUUCAGUGCCUCAUGUGCCUGUCUCUCCAAAAGUUAUUGGGCAACUGAUAUCGUUAAGUUUCUUGGUGGACGCCUUGCCACUAUCCCCUCAUGGAAUAUAUUGCUACUUUUAAAAAUUUUAAGAUAGGUUUGUACCUACCUUAUAGUUUUUCAAUUUUUUUUAUUUUAUGCUUUGUAUUUUUUAUAGUGUUAAAUCUUUGUAAUCCCCUGUAAGGAUCUAUUUUCAAAGUUACUCAUUUGAAUUUUAAUCAAGGCCUGUUAAAAUCGUCCCUCUAUUGAUGCUAUUUCAAAAGCCUCAUUAAUCACACUAAAAACCAUACUGGGUUUCCGUAAGAAAAGGAGCUUUUUAAAGAUAGACUAUGAAUACGACCCUCGUUCUCUCUCUCGUCUUGAAUUUCUAAGUUAGAUUCUAUGAACUUCUCACCGGGUAUUUCAGUUUUCACGGUUGAACAAGAGGUUCUCUUUUGAUACCCAAUGAUUAAAAUUGCUGUGGGUUAGUCAAAAUCGUUUGAUAGUUUAUUCUCGUUUUGUAAGUUGACCAUCAGUCUCUCAAGUGAGGCGCAUUGUGUUUAGGGUUUUUGAUGCAUCUCAAAAUUUUUCUGUAAGAUAACCUAGUUAAUGGAUUCACUGAAAAUAAAGUGAUUGUUUUGAAAAAAAA